AUGGACAACAUGACCCACAACUCGAGCAGCAGCAACUCCUGGGACUUGGACAUGAGCCUCGGCAGCCACCACCACCCUCUCCUCUUCGACCACCCCACCACGACUCCACCGGCGCCGCCACCGCCGCCAUUAUCCUUCCACCUCCACCCACCUCUUCCAUCACAGCAGCAGCAGCAGCACCACCAGCUAGCCUUAGAUCAUUCCCCUCCCCCAUCCCUCUUCCCUCCUCACCACCUCCACCAUCUUGACUUGGCCGUCGACCUCCACCGACAUGGCCAUGAAUACCACCAGCACCAGCACCAGCAGAGAGAUCAGCAGCACGACGAGAUGCAACAAAGGCCGCCGCCGCCGACGGAUCAGGAGGGUUCGCAGUCACAGCUUCAUCAGCAGCACCAGGACGCCGUGGACGAGGCGGAGGAGGAGCUGGGCGCGAUGAAGGAGAUGAUGUACCGGAUCGCCGCCAUGCAGCCGGUGGACAUCGAUCCGGCUACAAUCAAGAAGCCACGCCGCCGCAACGUGCGCAUCAGCGAGGACCCGCAGAGCGUCGCCGCGCGCCACCGCCGCGAGCGGAUCAGCGAGCGCAUCCGGAUCCUGCAGCGCCUUGUCCCAGGGGGCACCAAGAUGGAUACGGCUUCCAUGCUCGACGAGGCCAUCAGGUACAUCAAGUUCCUCAAGCGCCAGGUCCAGGACCUCCAACACCAGCCUGCACCGCCGCAUCAGCAGCACUAUCCCGGCGGGGGCAGCAGCGGCGGCGCUGGGCCUAGUAGUACGGUGGCCAUGGCGGGGCGGCCGGCCUUCCUGCCACUGGGUGCCGGAUCCCUGAUCGACUGGGCGGGGCUGACCAGGCAGGUGGAUAUCCACGGGCCGACGUCAUCGUCGUCCUCGUCCUCGAUGGGCGGCGCACUAGGUUUUGGGUUCAGCGGCGGCGGCGGUCAAAGCAGCCAUGGAAUGCACUGA